CUUCUGAAGGGCAGAAUUAUCCUAUGUUUUACCUCUGGGGAAAGCAGAGAGGCUGCUUUAGUGUGCAUGAGUCUACCCAGCAAGUACACUUCAGCUAAGUAAGGCCCUACCCUGAACCUGACACACAGACACAAGAUAUUUUCUUUCUCUGCUUUCUUGUCAGGAGGUUUGCACACCACUUCCAGUUUCAUCUGAGUUUGACCAGGGCCAAGGUUGCCAUUUCUGCUCUUCCAGCCCCUGAGCAAGAGCAGCCAUACACCUGAGUCACCAUGGGGAAGAUGGACAACACCUCCGUGGAGCUGAGCUCUCCCUCUGAGGUGAAGCAAGCAGCUUUGGAAGAGCCGGAGCCCAUUGCCCCUGAGGCCCCAAGCACCAAGAAGAAGAAGAUCCCAGACAGGGGCUCUUGGAAGGGGAGGUUUGACUUCCUGCUGUCUUGUGUGGGCUAUGCCAUUGGGCUGGGCAAUGUCUGGCGCUUCCCGUAUCUCUGUGGCAAGAAUGGAGGAGGGGCCUUCCUCAUUCCCUAUUUCCUGACGCUAGUGUUUGCUGGGAUCCCUCUCUUCCUGCUGGAAACUGCUCUUGGCCAGUACACCUCUGUGGGAGGACUGGGAGUCUGGAAAUUAGCACCCAUGUUUAAAGGAGUGGGGCUGGCAGCUGUGGUUCUCUCCUUCUGGCUGAACAUCUACUAUAUUGUCAUCAUUGCCUGGUCUCUCUACUAUCUCUUCAACUCUUUCACUUCAGACCUGCCGUGGCAGAGCUGUGGGAAUGCCUGGAACACCGACCGCUGCUUCUCCAACUAUUCCCUGGAUGACACCACCAACCUCACCAGUGCCGUCACCGAGUUCUGGGAGAGAAACAUGCACCAGAUGUCCGGCGGCUUGGGGGAGCCAGGAUCCAUCCGCUGGCCCCUUGCUGGCACACUGGCCCUGGCCUGGCUGUUGGUCUACUUCUCCAUCUGGAAGGGUGUGGAGUGGACGGGCAAGGUGGUGUAUUUCUCAGCCACCUACCCCUACUUCAUGCUGUUCAUCCUCUUCUUCCGGGGAGUCACGCUGCCUGGGGCCAAGGAGGGCAUCCUCUUCUACCUCACACCUGACUUCAGGAAGCUCUCUGACUCUGAGGUCUGGAUGGAUGCAGCCACACAGAUCUUCUUCUCCUAUGGUCUGGGGUUGGGGUCCCUGAUUGCACUGGGGAGCUACAACACUUUUCACAACAACGUCUACAGAGACUCCAUUAUUGUUUGCUGUAUAAACUCCACCACGAGCAUAUUUGCUGGAUUUGUUAUUUUCUCUAUUGUUGGCUUCAUGUCGCACAUCACGAAGAAGUCAAUUUCAGAACUGGCCUCCUCAGGCCCUGGACUGGCUUUCCUCGCCUAUCCGCAGGUUGUCACCCAGCUACCCCUGUCCCCACUCUGGUCGAUCCUCUUCUUCUCUAUGCUGAUGAUGCUGGGCCUCGAUAGUCAGUUCUGCACUGUGGAGGGGUUCGUUACUGCCCUGAUGGAUGAAUAUCCUCAUAUCCUAAGAGCCAGGAAGAAGAUCUUCAUAGCAAUAGUCUGUUUCAUCUCUUAUCUCGUUGGAUUCUCCAAUAUCACCCAGGGUGGCAUUUAUGUUUUCAAGCUGUUUGAUUACUACUCAGCCAGUGGCAUGUGUCUUCUCUUUCUUGUCUUCUUUGAGACCAUCUCAAUUUCUUGGUGUUAUGGUGUGAACAGAUUUUACAGGAACAUCGAAGAAAUGAUUGGCUACAAACCUUGCAUCUGGUGGAAAAUCUGUUGGGCAUUUUUCACUCCUCUUGUCUGCCUGGGUGUGUUCUUAUUCAGUGUGGUGGAAAUGACCCCUCUGACGCUGGGAAAAUACAUCUAUCCCGCAUGGGGACAAGGUAUUGGCUGGCUCAUGGCGCUGUCCUCCAUGAUACUGAUCCCAGGAUACAUGCUGUACAGCUUCUUCACCUCAACAGGGACUCUCCGGCAGCGUUUCCAGCAGAUGACGCAGCCCCAGCCAGAUGUGCAGGUGCAGAAGAAUGGCCUCCAGCCGAAGACGUCCCUGAAUGGCAGGGGAUCAGAUGCUGCCGUCUAGGAGGACAGCUGGAGCUCCUCGCCCUGCCCCAUAGCUGCCCACGCCAUGCCAUCCCUCCAGUCCCUCUGGCACAGCCCUCUGUCCCCGGCUCUGCAGUGGCUUUGCAUGAGAGGACCCAGCAGAGGAACUCCAGCACCUCUGUUCCCCCGGCUGACCCCGUGUCACAUCAUUGACUGUCUCCAUCGUGCAACACUCUGGCUCAGGCUCUCAGAGAGGAGCAGCCUGUAGCCUCUUGACCAGAGGUGGUGUUUCUAGAGAGCUUAUACUGACGGUUCACUGUUUCUCUCUUCAUCUUGCAUUUCCAUGUGAUCCUACACAGCACACCCCGUAGUAUGCAGCCAUGCUUCACCCCAGAGAGCCACCUGCCACCAGGUUCAAAUCUCAGAUGGUGAUCAAAUGAUGUAGCAUAAAAGUGCUAGCAAAUGCAACUCUGGAAGGGAUGUGGCAGAUCAAGCAAUUCCAGUGAGGAGCCCUGCAUGUUGGUAGCAAUAGGACAUAGCUCAAACUGGAGAAAGGCAUCAGAAGAGGAUGCAGCACUCUUAGGUACCAUGUUUCAGCCCUGCACAUCUCCAACCAUUACCACCCACUCAGUAGGUUGGCCCCAAGAGCUACAGCCAGGUGCAGAAGACAGCCCUUCACUUCUGGAGAGCCUUGCCCUUUGCAGCUCUGUGCAGCAGCCACACCUUGACCUGAAGAUCUGAAUGUACAGGCUGGAUCUUGUAAAGCUGAAAGCCAAACACUAAGAGCUGCAAUCACAGUUCAUCACAAUUAAUCUCAGCUAGUUACAGAAGUAUCAUUCUUCCUUAUCCUGUAAUUUUAUGCACUAUAGUGUAUCUGAAAAUUUGUAUUCCACUUUCACCUAUGUUUAUAAACUGGGCAAUAAAGGAGCCCACUCUUCUCAUAUCCUUUGAGAGGAUAUCUCUGCUGAGGGCAGUUCAUAGAAUCAUAAAUCACUGCUGUUGCUCUUUGGUCUUUGCAUGAAUGACCUGCUUUCGCCUGUGAUUCCCAGUCACAUCACCUUCCUCCCCUUAAAUGUAGGCCAAGAUCUUCAGAAGUGGGUAAUGGGCAAAAAAGUCAGUGCUUGAAUGAGGCCCUAAAACUGUGAAAGAUCUUGAUUUUCUAAGCGUAUUGGGGCAACCCCAGCCUCAGGUAGAGGAAGCUGGAGUCAGCAGUCCUUUUGGAAACUCUUGGCCAAGAGCUCCCUUGAACAUGCAGGGCUACACUCCUGGGGCAGCAGCAGUAUUACCCUACACCUGUGUUCUCAGAGUAACAAUAUUCAGUGAGAAAUAGCCAUCCACUCAACUUCCUCCCCAUCAUUUUCUCUUUGGCUCUUUCUUUUGUCUUGCUUCCUUUUGUUCUCUUACCACGUUUCUUCCCAACUCCCAUCCACCCAGUAGAAAUGAACUACUUCAAUGAGCUUCAUUCUCCUUUUUUGCUGGUACUACCACAAAUUGCAGCUCUCCCUUCUCUUCCUUCUAUUUCUAUCUGUGUUUCCAGCCUAAUUUCUCUGCUCCUCUCACGUCUCCUCCUCCUUGUCACUUUUCCCUGCCUGUUUGUGGCUCAGUUGUGAGCUCACUCUACCCCCAGCUGCCCAGUCCCUAAGGUCCUGUACCCAUCCCAACAUCACAAUUAUAACCUGUUCCAGCUGUCUUAUUUCCCUCCUUAGACCAGAGUGAGCUGUGCCAAGCAAUAUUAUUCCUUUGUAUUACAAAGAGAAGGCUCUCAAACCUCACUCCACCAGUUUCUGCAGAGUUCUGCCUGCUCUGAAAGACUCUGCAGGACUAUCCCACAUCCACCACCAGAUAUUUGGAUCUGCCAAGCCUGGUGUCUGUGGCUGUGCAGGGAGGAUCUCACCCUUUGCCAGCUCUGCCCUAGUGGCUGAUUCCCUUCUCUAGCACUUCAGCUCUUUCACCUCCAUUGCAGUCAGUCUUCCUGCUCAAUGGCAAUGCAGGGAUGGGACUGGAUCCAUUAGCUCACUCCAUGUCCCAGAAAUGCUACCCAUGUACAGACACGGUGAAGCAGCCACACGAACUUGGUGACUUCUUGGCUGCAGGUUUCGGACACCAGCUGAAGAGCUUGUGGCCUCAAGUCUCCUGUCCUCCUGCUUCCCCACGGCACUCAACACCUGCUGGCACUUGGCAUAAUCCACCCAAAACCUCUUAAUUCUAAGGAGCUAUUUAGGGAGCUGUGCUCAAAUCCCUUCAAAAUCCUCUUUUUCCUGAGGGCUGUAAAAAAAUGAAUGCCUUUACCCCCAUGCCCUGUGCAGCAACAGCAGGAGCUGUGGGUGAUGUAGAAGGCCUUAGGAUGGCUUUGAUCUGCUCAAGCACCACAACCCUGGAGAUGCAGGUGCUCCAGCAGCUGGUCAUGAAUGUGUAAACAUGUGUGUAAGGUGUGCAAUGCCACACAGACACUGUGUGGCACUGCCAGGUUUUGGCCAGGCGGCCACUGCUCGUAGUCUCUCCACUUUUCUAUUAAAUGAUGCAUUGGACGCUGCCAUAAAAACGAUGCAAGGUCCGUUCCGCUCCUGACACACUUUUCAGGC